AUGUUGUGGGUGGAUAAACACGCUCCUCGCGAAAUCGAGGAACUCUCAAUCCACCCAGAAAUCUCCCGUCUUCUCCUGAAGCAAGCUGCGUCGGCUUCGCUUCCUCACCUCCUCUUCUACGGUCCGACUGGCGGGGGCAAGAAGACUCGCGUGCUCGCCCUUGUACGAAGAAUCUUUGGAGAUGCAGUCGAUAAGGUUCGAGUUGAAACGUUCACUGACCGAGAGUCAGGCACAGAGGCCACAGUCUGCCGAUCCUCGCACCAUAUUCUGCUUUCCUGUCAGGAGUUCGGUGUGAAAGAUCGCGCAAUCGUGCAGUCGAUUAUCAAAGACAUCGCCGAAAGCACAACCCUCUCAGGAGUCUCUUCCUUCUUCGCGGCUCCGAAGGCAUCCAGUGUGCCCCCCUUCAAAAUUUGCAUUUUCCAGGACGCAGAUCUUCUCUCGGAGAGUGCACAGCAUGCGCUGCGUCGAACGCUGGAGAUCUACUCUUCGCGGCUAAAGUUCGUCUUCCUCGUGGAGAGACUCGAGAGGUUCUCUGCGCCCCUGAAGAGUCGCUGCUUCUGCGUUCGCGUUCCUCUCCCCUCGCACCGCGCCGUCGCCUCCUUCCUCAGAUCCCUCUGCGACAAAGAAGGCCUCCCUCCUCAGGUGGCGCCCGAUGCUCUUUUGCAAACGAUUUCCGAAAAGAGUGCGCGCAACUUGCGUCGCGCCGGGCUCGCGCUGGAGUGUCUCGCGACCCACAACUUCACCGCGUCUCUGUCUCCGUCUACCGCUCUGUCUCUGCCUCGCGGCGAGGCGUCACCCUUCCCACUGCCCUGGGAGCGCCUGUGCGACGAGAUCGCAGUGUGCGCCUUCCGGCAACAGAGUCCGCGGGCGCUUUCAGAGUGUCGAGGGAUGCUGUACGACCUGCUUUCUGUCCUCAUCCCAGGCGAGCUUGUCCUCGGUCGCCUCCUCACCACACUCCUCGCUCUUGUCCGCGAAAAGCAGCCGAAGCCGCGCGCUGCAGGCGCCUCCGCAGAGACGCCCGGCUCGAGCCGCCAGGCCGCCGGCCACGACCCUGCGACCGUCUUGGUGCAUGCAGCCGCGCAUUUUUCGCACACUCUGAAGAAGGGGUCGAAGGAAAUCAUUCACCUCGAAGCUUUUUUGGCGCAAGCGAUGCGCGUCCUCCAUCUCGCAGACGUCGUCAAGAGAACGUAG